AUGUCGGGACGGAGCAAAGUAUCGGUGCAGCCGAUCAAUGUCAUCUUCCGUCACUUACAACAGCAAACGAGAGUGUCACUAUGGCUCUACGACAAUAUCGACUUCCGCAUCGAGGGCAAGAUCAUCGGCUUCGACGAGUUCAUGAACGUGACACUGGCAGAUGCAGAAGAGGUCUGGACGAAGAAGGACAACAAGCAUGUAGAGCUCGGACGUAUUCUGUUGAAAGGUGAUAACAUCACACUCAUCCAACCAGCAAAAUGA